ACCGACUUGAUCUCGGUUUGUUAACAGUUUCGAGUUGACCGCCGUACAUGGCGAUCGCGCAACUCUCAGUGACAUUAUCAGUAAAAAAAAAAAAAUUAUCGCAUUUGAAAAGGAGAACGAACAAAAUAAGUGUUAAGAUAGCCUGUCCAAGUAUCGAUUCGACGAUUGGUGUAGGAUGGGUAAUAAUUGCUGUCAAGGCCAAUCGGAACUAGCGGAUGGUUUUGAAGUGGAAAGACGAAUGGGUUCUCAGGGAAAUCUCCAAUCAUCCGUCGCUAUGACGUUCCAAGACAACGGCAAGAGGAUCGAUCCGCGGCAUAGGGUCAACGAAUAUUACCAAAUUUUGCGCGAAAUUCAGACGGAGAAUUUAAACAAAAUGCGCGAUCAGCUGAAAAAAAAUCCCCAACUCUUCCUGCUGAACAACCUUAUCUUGUCCAUCCAGUUUUUUGACAACUUCGACAGGGAUAAAGAAUCCAUCCGAUCGACAAAAACGGAUCAAGAGACAGCAGUCAAUAGCGCAUUGGGAGACAUCCGACGAGGCUGCCAUUAUGAAGGUGCCUUAACCGAAGUGGUCGGACGAGACUAUCGUUACCAGCCAAAGGGUGCCAACUUGCCCGAAGUCGUGACCAAAACGCGCUACAACAUCAUUCACCGAAAUCUAGAAGUCUACCCACAAGAACAGUAUUCUUCGUUGGUUUGCAACGAGUACACGUCGGCCGACGACCCCAUCUACCGUUUCUGCAUGGAAGAUGUCGAAAAACUGCCAGGAUGGAUCAUGUUGCGUUGCGUCGACAUACCCAAUGGUCACCGCAGCUCAGACGGUACACACUCGACUACCUACGACAGAGUGGACAACGAUAGCGAAAGUUACUAUGGCAAAUCAAGUGAUUACGACAGUCCAAAGUCGAGCGUCCAAUGCGACAGUAUACCGUCGGUGAAAUCAGGCAGCAGUGGAACGACGCACGUGAAAAUAUUGGCAAGCCAAGAAAUCUCAAAACGUCCGCCAAUGGCAACACCGGAUGCCAGUUCAUCAUCGUCGACGGACGACGAUGGCGGAGAUCAAUUUCCAUCUACGGGAACGGAGUUGAUGAAAGUCAUCGAAAACCGAAUGAAAGGCAGAGAUAAUCGACCACCCGCCUCAGCCGUCCCGCUAUCGGACGACUUCGGCCGCGCACGAGCACAAAAACCGGCUGUUAUGGUACCUACCCUUCCGGCGAAAGUGAAAACUAAACGACGCGGAGUCAAAUCGAUUGAAUCCUCAAGUGACGAUGAUUACGACUACACAUCCAUUAACGAUCUUCCCCGUCCACUUGAAGGAUCGAAACUGGGACUGACAGGUCAAGUGCCAAAACCUCGUAAUUCGGCACUGUCUUCCGACUGCUUCCAAACCGUCAAAAUUCGGGUUGUCGAUUCGGCAGACAACCCGUUGGGACUCGGCGGUCAGUUCGAAAGGAAAACGUACCUUUCUUCGACGGCCUUCUUCGGUCAAUUUGCCGAAAAUUUUUACGACUGGAGUCAAAAACUGGACCGUGGCUUACAAGACGCUAGCAGCUACAAAGCAGCAAUCUGUUGCACUUUGAUUAAACCGGCAAGUAAUUGCCAGUACCGAACAACAGUGGAAUUCUUGCCCGUCAUCCCCGUUGCUCAAUGGCCCGACGCUGCUCGAGAAUGGCAAAAUCGUAAACGCACAGCCAUGCUCGACAAGCGCACCAAUAUCCAAUACCGAUGGCCUCAACCGACUCAGGUGGACACCAUAGUCAAGCAAGGCUGUCAUCUCAGCACGGAAGGCGGGAAAUUCCGUGGACGGACAUCACCCAAUUCGAAGCUAGAAUGGCAGUUUAGUUUUGGAACCGCGCAGGACACUCUGCUGUCUUCGCUGAGCGAACCGCACCUUCGCGCUCUGCUAUGGGCUCGUUUGAUAUUCCACCACGUUAUAGCUCCGAUCGGAGUUUUGUCGCAAUACCACAUGGAGACCGUCUUCCUCUGGCUGGUGGAGUCCAAUUACAUCGACUGGAACGAAGCCUCGCUCGGUGAGAACAUAAUGAACAUCUUCCAAACGCUGUACAACUGCAUACAGCAACGCAAAUUGCAGCACUACUUCAUCCGGAAGCGUAACUUAUUCAGCAGCAAAGCUCCAAAAGAUCUGGUCAAAGCUCAAGGACGACUAUUCCGGCUAAUUGAGAAGUUCGUCCCACUGACGAUGCAGGCGGCCAAACAAUUUCAAACUUCCAAUUCGACUUUUCCUUUCCCCGAUUUGACGCGCUUAUGGGAAAUCGUGACCACUCCGCUGACUCUCGUUUCCAUCAAUCCCGGUCUUGCCGGUUCAAACAAACAUCUCAGCAACAGCGACAACAGCUUAAAUGGAGUGAAGAAGAAGAGAGGCAGUAAAGGUAAAUCGAGCGACGAAGGAUUUUGGGAGGCAGUGACAAAGGCUCCGCAACCGACGGGCGAUAAAACACGCGAUCUACUACGGAAAGAGCGAGCGCGGAUCGACGCUGAAGAACGAGAAAAACGGCAAGUUCCGGUAGCUGAAGCCGCCGACAAAGCGGAUGUUAACAUUACAGCAUUUAACAUAAGUCAGACGAAAAUUUUGCUCGAGUUUUUCUGCGAGCAUUUCAUACGCAUGUCGGCAUCGUGCAACAAAAUCCGCGCCUACAACAAGAGCACGGUAAUGCUGGAUCAAGCCUUCAAUCUGGCAACGCUACUCAAAGAGGAAAGAUUCGACGAAUCGGCCGAAGAUUUUUUCGAUAUCAUCGAAAAACUUAGAAGCGCUGCCCAUCAGGGCCAGUUUACGGAGCCUGUAGUGAAUAUCCCUGGAUCGCCUUGCGUUUUCCAAACAGGUAUCGAAGCACCUGUUGGUCGGCCACUAUCAAACGGUGGCGGAAUUUAUCGAAACAGCAGCCUGUCAAACGGUGCCAUUCGAUUAACCCCUCUACCGCUAACGCCAACUCAACAACCGUUCCGUUUCAACAAAGCAAACGGGCACGUCAUACAAAAAUCUACCUUGAGCUACGAACAAGAUUUCUUAAACGGACCUAUGAUACAUUCAAUGAGCCAGACCAUCGAAAAACAUUCAUCAAACGGAGCAGCGAACGUAACAUCGGCCGUCAUCGAAAGUGUACGAUCGAGCGAGACGGAACCGACAGACCAAUUCGACAGUCCACCACCGACUCACAGAAAGUUUAAUAAAAUAAUUGCGUUCAGCCAAUCGGAUGAUGAUAUGGACGAAUCGACCGAUUUUUAAAUCACAACUAGCAACCCAACCGUUUAGAUUGCCAUCAUUUUUCAAGACUGCAAACGAAUUGCAUCUACCUUUUUCUAAAUGCUCGCGCGUGUAAAGUUAUUAAAUGUCUUAUUCAUACACUUCCGCUGUCCUAUAUCAAUAUUUAAAGCGGAUCCAUCUUGUCUGUCUAAAUAACAAACCUGUUGAAUAAAAUAUGAAAUGUCCAACUUA